AUGGAUCUGGAAACUGGGGGUUUUCAAAACCAUGUUAAGGUAACUUCUUUUUUCAGUAUUGUUAUUGACCUUCGUUGCAGAAGAAGAAUCAUAUAUGUUUUUGUUUUUCCUUUUUUUGUGGCUGUGCUUCAGAGAGAAUCGUGGAAGACAGUAUUAACUUUGGCAUAUCAAAGUCUAGGAGUUGUGUAUGGAGAUUUAAGUACGUCGCCGCUAUAUGUAUACAAGAGCACGUUUGCCGAAGAUAUUCAACAUUCCGAGACAAAUGAAGAGAUUUAUGGUGUCCUGUCUUUUAUUUUUUGGACUCUCACUUUGGUCCCUUUGUUAAAAUACGUAUUUAUAGUGCUAAGAGCUGAUGAUAAUGGCGAAGGAGGUACUUUUGCUCUCUACUCCUUGCUGUGUCGACAUGCCCGAAUCAACUCACUUCCCAAUUGCCAGGUGGCUGAUGAGGAGCUUUACGAGUACAAGAAGGAUGCUGCUACUACUUGUUUGACACCAACAACUUCUGUUGGUUCAAGAUUGAAAUCAACUCUCGAGAAACACAGGGUGUUGCAGAGGUUCUUGCUUUUGCUGGCUUUAAUUGGGACUUGUAUGGUCAUUGGUGAUGGUGUCCUAACCCCUGCUCUUUCAGGUAAUCAACACUUAUUAGAUCUCUUCUAG